CCAGCCACCAGUGCGUCUGUUGGACGGACUCCGAAGGCAUCCGUCUCCGGCAACGGGCGUCGCAUCUGGUACACACACUCUAUUGACCUCUCAGACAGCUCCACAGCCAUCGAUCCGCCCUCGGACAGCUCUACCACCGACAUCUUAAGGCCCGCUGAAUCUCCCUCCCUGGUGCAGCAGCAACCCUUCACAACGCCGACCUCUCCAAUGCGACGGAAGACUAGUUUUGAUAUGGGUUCUAUGAAUUUGAACACUUCACGCCGAGCAAGUCACGGUGAUCAACCGGCCGAAUUUAUGGAAUUUCGCACUUCCGAGGAGUCGGCUAUGACGCAUACCUCCUUGGACUCCGUCCGGGCGGAUCGAGCACAAGUUCUUAGGGAUACUGGAGCGCCGGUGGCCCAGUGGCUGAUGGAGUACUUCGACCAGAUCGAGAAGGCAAAAUGGACGCAGCAGAGUGUCGGGGAUAGUAACGGAGCCUCUAGCAGCCUGCGUUUGGCCAGUGACAGUGGUGCCGCGGAUGACGAUAAUGCCCUUAGUGACCCAAAUUCACACCGCAGUUGUCUUGAGUUUCAAUUCUUGACCAUAAUCUGGGGCCGCAAGCCCGAGUUGGAACUUCUCACAAUCGGUUCUCAACGUUUCAGUGGCUGA